UUGGCUCGGACAAAGCUAAACCCGGCUGCCAGCUUUUAGGCCGCCAUGGCUGGAGAGGGCACGGAAGCGCGACCGGAAGCGCAACGUAGCCCAAAGGCACCAUCGCUCCUGGGCUCCACUUUGGGGCGCCUAGACUGGGCCCGUGCAGGCGAAGCGAUCGCUGGGGAGACUACCACUCCAAGGUCACGUGCAGUUGACGCAGAUCUGACCAAGAGGAUCACCAGGCGCUACAGAGCCGAAGUGGAAAAGACUGAGCGAGACCGGCUUCAAAGAUAUGUCCGGUUGGAGCAGCAGGUGGAGGUCAUGCCAGAUCAGCACCAGAUGGCAAGGACUGUGAAGAAUGAGCUUGAGAAUGUCCAGAAAAAGGCUGGAAUGGAGGCCAUCUCCUACACCACUUGGGAUGAUGCCUUAGGUUCUGAGGAGAUGAAGAAGAGACUGGAAUUCCUCAGCUGGUAUGCGCUGAAUGGUGAGUCAAAGGAGGAGCUGCCCGAUGUUUGCUACGAGGGAGAGUUUCUGUAUGGCCUGCGUCAUGGCAAAGGCAAGCACACGUAUCAGGGCGAGGUCUACGAAGGAAGCUGGCUUUGGGGACAACGCCAUGGAAAGGGUGUUUGCAUACAGACUGAUGGAACCAAAGUGAUCGGGUCGUGGAAGGAUGGCAAGCUUGAGGGCGCCGUGACCAUUGAGGGCAAAACCGGUGGAACGUUGUUUGAAGGAGAGUUCAAGGCCGGCAAAAGAGAUGGCUUUGGGCGCCAAGUCUUUCCCAAUGGUGACACAUAUGCUGGAGGCUGGAAAGAUGGAAUUAUGCACGAUCGGGGAGUCUAUCACUUCGCGAACGGCGAUCAUCUUGAAGGAAUUUGGCAUGAGGGAAAAUAUCACGGACCUGCGUACUUUCGUGGUGCGGAUGGCUCUGUCAGCCGGAGGGUUUGGCCUGCAUGCUUCCUGCAAGCGGGCCAUGGCUUUGGGUGGAUGUGUGCCUUCUGCGGUAAGUAUGGGAACUUGAUUUUAUGAACGCACCUGCACACCUUACGCCCCCAAUUCUUUGCUUGAUUGCAGGUCUACCAGAAUGGAGUGCUGUUGACAUGUCAGGACUACUUUCUGGAGUCGCAGAAGUUUAGUAAGGAGAUGAGCCGCGAUGUUAUGCAAAAGCAUACAGCUCUUUGGGAAUAUCCAAAACAUGCACUUGAGUAGCAAGACAGCAAGGUCUUUGUUUCACCAAUAAAUUCUAUGUGACCUACGGCAUGAAUUUUGUUGCUCAAAGCACAAAUGAAUGCCAUUGAAUAUAUACGAUUGAACAAAUAAAUAUUACGAUAA